UAUAUCGCCAACCUUCGUUCCGCCACGUCUCUUGAAACCUGGAUCGAAUUCUGUUGUGUCUCCAAAGCUGCGCCAUUUCUCUCACUUGGAAUCCUGUAUAAAGUCCUCGUAUACUAGCAUCGGCGCAAAUCUUGCCAACACCCAGCAAAGCUAUCCAUGGUCUCCACCCCACUGAGGCUAUUCAAAUCGUGGUUCUCUUCCGGAAAGUCAAAGUCAACCCAGCAUCGGCGUCACGACUCAACCACAACACUCACGGAAGCGAGGGAAGACAAUGCUGUCGCAAGUCGCAACGGCUCGCGACGGUCAAGUGCUCCCGUCGAAAGAGAUAUCGCUCCCUUUCAGCCGAGCCAGAAAGGCAGGAAGCAAUCGUCACGAAGCGGGGAGGACGAUGGUACCGCUAGCAGCGCGUCGGUUUGCCAAAUCACCCACGUCGAAGGCUUCGUGCUCCAUAGCGGCCUUCGAACACCAACCCUUCAGUUGCGCAGUGGCUCAGAUAGCUCCCUGUGGCGGAAUGUGCGUCGCGGUCACGGAUGGGCUUUGCCAACACUCUAUGCUAAGCGAGCAGCGGCCAAGCCAACUGAGGGUACCGGCGAAGCUUUCAUGCAUUUGCCCAAUGAGAUCUGGAUGCGGAUAGUGUCAUACAUCGCCGACCUGGACAAUUUUAGCAAAACAAGCAAAGCUUCACACACACUGCUGGGCAACCCUCACGUUCGCCGUGCCUGCUUGUAUGGAAAGUACGGAAUUCGGCUGUCGCUGUACCUCUCCUACGUCCGCCACCGCCGGCUUUUGGACCCGGAGCUCGUUAGUCUUCUGUUCCGCGGCGGAGCUCGCAUCCCACGCUUCAUGGUGCAACAGAUCACCAACGAGCAACAAAGGGAUGGGUUGCCCCUGACGGCUGUACAGCAGCGCAUCAUGGAGGAAGCAAAGAUGUACUAUGCUCACAACCAUGAUUUCAGCGCUGAGGAUGAUAUCCUUACGUUUGAGUACUUGACCAACGAUCUUUUGCGGAACCUGCCGGCCAUUCGAGACCUCAUCACGCGAUACCACUUUGUUCCAUUGGAGAGCAUCACGCCAACAGCCACGUUUCGACUAUCCCAGUUGAUACAAACGGACAUAACGCUUCUUGAUACAUUGAUAGAAGCAAACGGUCUAUGGCCAUCCUUGAUCAAUGAUAGUCUCAUCGGUCAUCUCAUGACGUCGUGCUCGGCACAUUCCUCAUCUGCGACGGAGCCCGCAAGUGAAAAAUCCGUUGGUAGCAUGCUGGAGCCUUACCUUGCCCGAGGGUUUACGCUCACCAGUCCUGUCGUCCUCAGCCAAAUGAGAAACAACCCAACGCCACAAGUUCUAUCGAUUCUGCAAAGGCACGUAUCGCCAUCGGUGCUCCUGGGAGCCUCGACCCAAGUUCUGGCUGAUCACCUUGGCCCAUCGACAACGGCAUUCUCGCCCACCGUUGUCGAAAACAUAGCAUCUACUUCGCGCAUUUCAGACGCCGUAUUGCGCACUAUCCUGUUUCAUCCAACGAAUGCUUUACCGUAUCGGACUCGUUGCUACGAGCAACAGUAUCCCAUUCCAGCUUGGAAGUGGAUGGUGCAACACUUUGGCCCCUCUCACAAGUUCGCAAAAGCCGCGUUCGAUGAUCUUAUCGUGUGGAUCAAUGAUGUUGGAGAAAUUGGCUUAGCGUCCGGCGGCGCCUCCACGUUGAAGAGUCGCCCGCAUCUACCGCAUCGGUCUCACAGCUCCGCAGCGGCAACUGCCCGCACAUCAAUGGACCAACGACCUCCGAGUGCGAUGCUGGGAUACAUGUACCGCACGUCCAACACAUCGGCGGUCAACAUCGCCGCCGCCAGCAACGCCUUGAAGCAAAGCACCAUCGGCAACUCGCAAAUUAUCGGCGACCUUGUCCUCGAGUUCAUGGAUCUCGGAUGCGCACUGGAACCACACCACUUCCGAGCCGGCCCGUCAUCGUCGUCCACAUUGGCGCCGAGCCUGCUCUACGCGUUACCCGCUGCGGCUGUCGCGCGGCAGGCGGCUAUGAUCCGCGAGGCGCAGAGCGUACCGGUCAUGGCGCAAUGGAUAGCGGUUCUCAAUGCCCUUGAACCGCUACCGCGACGCAUGAGCAUCUCCCCGCAUCCUCGACGACACAGCAUAUCCGUGGCAUCUGCCUCGGGGACAUCCCUCCCGCUCUCUGCUGCAGCUCCCUUAUCCUCCGACUCCAAUGCGAAUGCAGCAGCUGGGCCCACCUUUCCCUCAUUGUCAUCCCCAUACUCCAAUCCGAAUUCGAUGGAUCCCCUUAGAGACGCCAUUAGCGUCUUGAGAAGCACCAUCCUUGCCGUCAGCGGAAGCAAUGGCCCCGAUUAUAGGAACGAGAUUGGCGUAGGCAUUCCAGUGACGACGCGGGCAAAGACAUGGGAUGUAGGGCAAACGCAGUCGGAUAUGGGGAAGAGGAGAUGGAGCGGGUGGUUGAAGGGCAAAUUUUGAUGCGAUCCAUUAUGGUAGCGCGUGUUGAGAGGUCUGUACCCUCUAUUCUGGUAUUGUUCUGUGUAUUCAGGUGUCAGGUGUAUAUGAAUACAGAAGUUGUCUGUAUCUCUUUGUGACGGUGUCUACUGGGGUGGAAAGCUAUUUGACUAAUGAUAUAAUGAUA